AUGUAGCUUGCAAUUCUUUCACCCCCUAUAUGUCUGACUCUACCUUUAAUGUUACAAAUUGUCCACAAGUCUCUGCCUAAAGGCAACUUGAAUGGCAUCAUUGUUUGCUUGUGGGGCUGGUGGACCUCCAGCCACCUCAUUAUCCAAUGCUGCUUCAUGUGGGGGGAGCAGGUCUCCACACCUAAUACACACAUUGUGCAAACAUGCACAUAUUACAAUGUCCUCUGGCACUCAGACCAAGUCCAUCUCCAUAUUUCUGAUCUUUCUGAAUCGUCCUUUCAGCUGGCCAUUGCAUCGCUCGAUAACCAUUCUGGUAGAGCUCUGGUAAUGGUUGUACCGUAUUUGUUGGUCAGUCAGGUUACCAGUGUUUCUAAAUGGGGUCAUAAGUUGUAGCGAUAGUGGGUAUGCUGCAUCCCCGAUAAGGAAAUGCUCAGGAGGUAAUAUGUUCACAAGGUGUGCAGAGUGGAGACUGUCUGAACAUGAAAGCAUCAUGUGCUGAUCCUGGUGUGCCAGCGUUGAUGUCAAUGAUUUCCAUAUUAUGGUCACAAACGAUUUGGGUAUUUACGCUUGAGAAUCCUUUGCGAUUAAUAUAAGGUUGUACAUUUUCUGUCUGUUCCUCAAUUUUAACGUGAGUCCCAUCAAUAGCCCCUACAAUUCCUGGGAUACCUGAAAUUAUAGAUGAUAAACAUAAGAUCAGGUUAAGCAGUAUAUUGUAUUUCAAACAAGGCAUUAACAUGGCAAAAUGUCACCACCUGGUUGCACACAUUAUUAGAGAGCUAUGUAAGUGUAAGUCCUUUAAUUGGUUGCCAUGGUAACCAAUAUUGCCUAAACUCUGAACGUGUUUAUUACAUGCAUAUAGGUGGUCACUGUAUGAUUUUAAAGUCAAUCUGACUGUAUGACUUCUCAAGAUACACUAUGUAAGAAAUGUUAGAAAACCCAUAAUAGAUAUUCAUUGCCAUGGCAACCAAUAAAAUAUGUUAAAAAUCAUAACAUGUCUAUAUGUGUUGACAGUACAAAUUUCAUGUUAUUUAUUUCUUGUUUCCUCAUGUUGUCAAAUUGUAACAUGUUAGUAUGUAG